AUGAGCGGACCUGAAGAACCUGCAAACAAGCAACAGAAACUAAACGAUUCUUUGAAGAUACAACUUCGCUCUCCAAACGCAACGGUUCCUACCAAAGGAUCAGCCACCGCUGCAGGUUAUGAUAUAUACGCUUCCCAACCUACCAUAAUUCCAGCUAGAGGGCAGGGAAUGGCUUCCACAGAUAUAUCUUUCACUGUGCCUCGUGGCACAUAUGGCAGAAUCGCACCAAGAUCUGGUCUUGCGGUCAAACAUGGCAUUAAUACCGGAGCAGGUGUCGUCGACAGAGAUUAUACGGGCGAAGUAAAGAUAGUUCUUUUCAACCACUCGGAUAAAGACUUUGCCAUUCAGAAAGGUGACCGUGUAGCUCAGUUGAUCUUGGAAAAAAUUGUCGAUGAUGCGGAGAUCGUCGUUGUCGAUUCACUUGAGGAAAGUGCCAGAGGAGAGGGCGGGUUUGGAAGUACUGGAAAGUAG